ACUAGCCUAUAUAAACUCCCGUGCUCCGACUUCAGACAACCACCUGCUGCAAGCCGAGAUGAACAGAUCGGAUCAUUAACGCCUAAACUAACGUUGUUGUUUUUUUUAAAUGGACGAGCAACGAUAUCCCAUCAGCGUGCGACUCAUUGGAGUAAUGCACAACGAGAAUGGCAAAAACUACAUCACGUCGGUGCUUUGGUCAGACCAGAACGAAAUUGUUGUUUACCGAGGCUUUCUGGAUUUCAAGAAAAUGCAUAAACAAAUGAAGAAAGCGUUCCCGUCAAAUGCGUUGAAGAAGUCCUCAAGAAUCAUCCCUAAAUUUAAAGACCACAAUAAACGUGGUGGCGGUCAGAAAAAGGGCGCCAGCAGAUCAGUCCUCCGCCUCAAGUCCCUUGAAAAGUACUGCGAAGAACUUCUGAGUUGCGACCCGCGGGUAACCCAAUCCUUGGACCUCAUAAAGUUCUUCCACCCCACCGCCCAGGACCUUGAGCCGGAGUACGCUAGUAACAGCAUUAUGGUCAUGCCUUCGGAGGAGGGGAUCGGCGAGAGAAACCAGGGCAGGGAACACAGCGUUGGCAACGUGACGCAGCCAUUCGUCACGGAGACCUACCGCUGCGUUGCGUCGUAUGAGACCAAAGACACGAAGAACAAGCCCUUUAAAGUAGCCGUUGAUGAAAAAGUGGAAGUGCUCAUCAAAGAUAAAGCAGGAUGGUGGUUGGUUGAAAACGAAGAUAAGCGUUUGGCCUGGUUCCCCGCACCGUACCUGGAAAAGUUAGAGGACGGAGAAGACGAUGAGGAUGACACGACUGGGAUAGGUGCACUGUACACUUCAGUGAAGAACUACAAGGCCGCCAAUAGAGACGAGGUGUCUGUGAACAUUGGAUCUGUGGUGGAGGUUCUUCAGAAGUCUGACAACGGCUGGUGGCUCGUCAGAUCCGGUGGCAAGGUGGGCUACGUCCCCACCCUCUACCUGCAACCCCACAACAACCCCCGCAACCGCAUGGUUGCCCUCCAGCAGGACCUGCGCGGCUCCAAUGUCAACCUGUCCCAGCUCCAAGCCCCCAGCCUGGACGGCUACAACCUCAGCAAACGCAGCCACUCCCAGGGCGACGUCGUACCACUGUCCCAGCUGCAAGCCCCCAGCCUGGGAGGCGACAACCCCAAGGAACGCAGCCACUCCCAGGGCGACAUCCUCCAGCUCCCCUCCACGGCCAUCAAGCAGCGCCUCGGAGACGACCACCGUUCCAACUCUAUGGAGCUUCAAGACACCCCGGGUCGUGUGGCCGCUCCCUCUCUGCCACCCAAGCCCUACAUGGGGAACGCCUCCUCCCCCACCGCGGCUCCCUUGCCCGUGAUAAGGGUGGACUCAGAGGACGACCACCGCUACAGGAGCCACACACUGGAGAGCCAGGAGAGCAUCGGCAGCUUUGCGAGCGACAGCAGUGACUUCAGCUUCAGCGACAGAUCCUCCAACGGCAGCCCCACCCUCAACCUGGGCCAAAGCCUGAACGAGCAGCAGCUGCGGCUGAGCCGGACGCCGCAGCCCCCCACCAUGUCGUCCAACCGCCUCAGCCCCAACACUGGCAAGAUGACUCCCAGCGUGUCCGACCCCAACCUCUUCAAGGGGCCUACCACACCCAAGGUGCCUCCCAGGCCCCGUGCCGAAGAGAUCCUGACCCGCUGCACCACCGUCACCCGCAAGAACGCCUCAAUGGGCAAGCCGGCCCCGACCAUGUCUGACAUCCAGAGCUACUGAGAAGACAGAAUCCACAUUUCCGAUGUUCUACCGAUGAAAACACUUCUCCCCUGGAGCAUCAAACCCAGGUGCCGGGACGGCCAACCCGCAGUUCGGACUUGGUUGGCAGGUGUCAACGCUGGGUGGCUUGGAUAGAGCACCAGGGUCCAGGAAUGGCUUGGUGUUAAUGCCGUGAUCACACAUGACCCAAGUGUGUGGAUUUUUGUAUCAAGGUGAUCCUGUGGUUUACCACUUAAAAUAGGGGUAAAGGGGGUGUACGAAGCCAUUUUUAAGAUGGUGAUAAAUUAUGUAUAUUAUCGCUAAUACCCCUUUUUUUUUUUGCUGUAUCUUUUAGAAACGUAACUGUAUUCUAUACCGUUGAACUGUAAACUGCUUUAUAUGCAUGUAUUGUAUAUUCUUAAAUUUUUGGAAAUCUUACUAUUCAAUUGAAUCUAGAAUUGAUGAAGGAACCUUUUUGUACUGUGGAUGUUUGAAAUGCACAUAAUAAAUCAAUGAACCCUGAAA